CUCGCGCGCGCCUGGGAAAAUGUUGCGCAGAUUCUAAAAUGGAACGUUGUCGGCGGCGUGAUUGAGCGCGAGGGGGUGUGUGAGCGUGAGUAAGACAGGGACCAGCAGCAGUAGGAGCCACCACCGCAUCCUCCGCCUUCUUGCAGCCGGUCUCCCCGCAGCGGUACGGGGAGCAGCCGCCUCCUCCUUCCCCCUGCAUGGAGCUCUCUGCUAUCGGGGAGCAGGUGUUUGCAGUGGAGAAUAUCAGGAAGAAGCGCAUAAGGAAGGGUAAUGUAGAAUACCUGGUGAAGUGGAAGGGAUGGCCCCCAAAAUACAGCACAUGGGAGCCGGAGGAUCACAUCCUGGAUCCUCGCCUGGUAGUGGCUUAUGAAGAGAAGGAAGAGAGAGACCGUGCAUCAGGAUACAGGAAGAGAGGCCCUAAACCGAAACGCCUCUUAUUACAGAGGCUUUACGGUAUGGACCUGAGGAGUGCCCACAAGGGAAAGGAGAAGCUCUGUUUCUCUCUAUCACGGCGAUUUGGAGGAGGAGGAGGAAGCAAUCUGGCAGGGGCCAAGCCAGGACAGACAGAGUUAUCGGAGAAGAGUGGGGGAGGCGUCCUACCAUUCCCGCUCCGGAAGCAGCGCAAGAACCAGAAAUAUCUCCGGCUGUCGCGGAAGAAGUUUCCACGCAUGUCAAGCCUGGAGAGCCGUAACCACAGGCGUGAGUUCUUCUUGAAGGAGUCAGUGGCACUAGAGACUAGGCAAACUCCCAAUGACUGGGAUGCGACGCAGCAUGCUAGCAAAGAAGUAGGUGUGGAUGCAGUUGAUGGCAGCCUCCCCUGGAUUCCCACCUUGUCCCCCAGCGAAGUGACAGUGACAGACAUCACGGCGAACUCCAUUACCGUGACCUUCAGAGAAGCACAAGUGGCCGAGGGCUUCUUCCGAGACCGAAGUGUGCAGUUCUGAAUCUCCAUUUUUAAUGUUCCUAGUCAGAUUCUUUUGGGGGUGGGGUGAUUAUUUCACUCUUCCAAAAAAAAAAAUCCAAAAUGUUUCUUUUAAAAUGUUUACAGAGGAUUUUUUUUUUUUUUUUUUACUGAAGUCUCAUUGAUUUUUCUUUUCCCCAUCAGAUACGCAAAAACAAAAGGCAAUGUACGGGCAAUGUGUUUUUUGUUUGUUAAACUUGUCUGUUAUUGCUUUGUCUGUCUGAGAAACUGAUACCCCUUUCCUUGGCAAAGACUCCCCUGGUAGGGCAUCUUGAGAACUUUUUUUCUCCAUGUAGUCCCUUUGCUCUAUUAGUUUUGGCAGCUGCAUUUAGGGUGAGAGAGGACACGGAGAUGGAGAAGGGGUUGGACCUAUUAGUUGCUUCCUUGAUUUGCAGUUGUUGUUGUCCCUUGGGUAAAGAUGCUUCCUCUGGACAUCACCCUCCCCAUCUUCCUCCUCCCGCCCAGCUACUACAGUGAGAUGUAAUGGACCCAAUCACUUUAGGUAGCUCAAGUCUGUUACAAGCUUCCUCCCUUCCUAAUGUUUUAUCUGUGACGGUAUUGCAGGUAAUCUGUUUGCCUGGGAAGGUAGGAAACUCCAUUGCAAAUAAUGAACGGGGCUGAUGGUUACAGUGUGAUUCCAUGAAGAAUGAAGGGAAUAUCUUCCCUCUCUCUCUGUGAUCCAUUGAUCCUGUAACACAGGGGUUCUCAAACUGGGGGGCGGGACCCCUCAGGGGAUUGCGAGGUUAUUACAUGGGGAGGUUGUGAGCUGUCAGCCUCCACCCCAAACCCCUCUUUGCCUUCAGCAUUUAUAAUGGUGUUGAAUAGAUAAAAAUGUGUUUUUAAUGGAUAUGGGGGGGGGUCGCACUCAGAGGCUUGCUAUGUGAAAGGGGUCACCAGUACAAAAGUUUGAGAACCACUGCUGUAACGCAUAUCUUUGUUACCUCCUAGCUGUGGUAUAUUAGCUACACAUACUCACUUUGGAUUUCUGAGCCUUUAAUAAAGGCCCUUUAGGAGGAUAACUGUAUAUAUUAACACAGUGGUACUAAUUUUUCUCUAUCCAGAGACCUUCCCAGAAUUCUUCUCUCUGACCAGAACCCUUCUCUGAUCGAGAAAUAUGGAAAGUGGAUUUCCCCCAGGCUGAGAACCCCUGUACUAAAAGAUUUACCAAACCCAGACUACAUAUAAAUAUUGUCCUGAAAAUGCUUUCAUAAGUCAGUGGAAAGGGUGGCUCUCUUCUUCGGAAGAAGGGCUCACGGAGGAAUUGAAACAUUGCCCGGAAGUGCUGGAAAUCCACAGAUAACGGCAGAGGCCUAGUGUAUGAGACCUAGGCAGUGAAACUGGAUUUUAGGUGGUCAGUUUCCACUUUUAGGUAGUUUUUUGCUCUCUGAUCAUAUUUAAAGGUCAAAAGUGAAUAGCAUAAGAGCUGGGAGGAGUCUACUAGACUUCUAACAUUUUUUUAACUUUUAAUUUAUCCUCUAAAGUGAUAAGGACUCUUGGAUUGAGUGUCCUAUUUAUAUGCCCCCCCAAACUUACAGUAUCUGUGACCUCAUGCUUAUUUGUUCCCUUUACCAGGGGAGUUUCCCUUUUGAGGGUUUAAAAAGCUUCGCCAAGGAAAGCCACCUGCAGUUCUAUAGAGCCUGCCUGGUUUUGCACUUAAAAACGCCUGGAGAUUUGUGCUGGAUUCUACCUGUGACAUUUUGGGGUUUCUAAGAAUUGCUGUAUCUUCAAAGUUGAUAGUUUAGCAUCUGUUCUUGCACGCUCACUCUCUCUUCCUUCUUUAUUUUAAACUUAAAAAUCUCUCUCUCCCUAUGGAAAGCAAGAAGGGUAAGCUAGGGCCUCGGAGGGAAUUGUGGGGCAGUGUAAUACAGUGCAGCCUUGACUCUUUCUUCAUUUACUCCCCUCCUUUAAUUCCCUCCCAAAAAAAUGACUUCAUCUGCUGGUUUUGUGCUAUCUGAAGCUACUUUCCUACAGAGCUGAAGCUAAGUGUUAGUGUAAAUCCUAAAUGCUGUUUCUCUGCAGCUCUUCCCCUGGAGGGCUUAGCUUCAGGCCUGCGGAACUUAGGAGUUCUGCAACACUGAUGCUUCGGGUCCUGCAAACACU